AUGACUGACUCAGCAACAACUAUCAUCCCUUCGAAAAGCGCACAACCAACUUGUUUCAAGAUCGACGCAAAACCCUUUGUAUUCCGCAAAAAGACAACAGAGAAAAUCGAAGCGCCAAAACCAGUCAAAUUGUUCAGUGGCCUUCCUGAGGACCGUGAACAAACACCUACAACGCCAGAGUUCACUCUUCCAAAAGUUGCAGUUUCUGCUGAUCUCCCCCAUUUACACACAAAAGGGACGAAAACAGUCCUUGCAGAAAAGACGCCACUGAAUUUCAACUUUUUGGACAGCGUGAAGAAGAACGCGGUCUUUGUCCCGAGAAAGAAACAAAAAACACCGGAACCAGUCAAAGAGACUGAAAAGGUCGAAAACAAAGAAGAACAAGAACGAUUGAUUAAGGAAAAUCUUUUGAAAUCUUUUUAUAGUCCACCAGGCUCUGAAAGUAAAAGGAAAAGAGACGACAACGUCUUCAGACCAGCUACUCAUAUCUCACAAGGAGAACCAGCUCCUAAAGAAGACAUCCCAAUUACUUCUACUUCAAAUAAGACGACUUCGAAUGAUGUCGAACUCUUUAGACCAGCGACUCGGAUCAGUGCUGGAGAGUCUGCGCCUAAAGAUGAUGACAAGAAAUAUGAAGAAGACGACAAUGAUCGGAUUGGAGUUGAUUUGCCUAUUACAGUCAAGUCUGCUACGCCACAAGUCCCGCAGUGGAUCUAUUCCAUAGAAGAAUUAAAGGACUUCCGAGCGAACACAAUAAGAGCAAGAGACUCUAUAUAUGAAGCCUUUAAGAAAUUUACUAUUAAAAAGAAGAAAGAAACUAAACUGAUUAACGUCGAUCAGUCGAAAGCUAUGUACCGCCAAUGGUUUAAUAAACUAACAGAAAUUACUAUAGAUAAAGUCGCCUCAGAAAUGGUCCUCCAGAUGCGUACCCGUGAGGACGUCGAAACGAUGUUAUCAAUUCUCUUCAAAAACGCGAUUAACGAGCGACGGUACGUCCAUUUGUAUGUCAAGUUCUUUGUGAAAGUGAGAACAGCAAUGGCACAGGUGGAAGCUAAGAAAGACCUUGCAGCUGAUAUGACCGCUUUCCUCCUCACUAAGGCAGAGAACCAAUUCUCACACCCCCCAAUCCCACGGAAAGAGGUCGAAGGAGAAAGCGUCUAUGACAAACAAGAGCGUGAAGAUUUGAAUGCCGUCGACGAGUUCGAAUACCUCGGAACAGUCUUCUUGGUGUCCUAUUUAUACACAGAAGGUACAGUCAUCGCAGAAUUGGUCCUCCAAUGUCUGAAUAUCCUCAGUAAAUUGGGUGGGCGUACACCAACAAAAGCAUUCACAACACUCGUGAAAGAGACCUGCGACAAAUUGGUGUCUGAACAAGUCGAUAUGACAAACGUUAUCACAACAAUCCAGAAAAUGCAGAAGAUUGAGGGAAUCUCAAAAUUCGAGGAAAUCGUCUUGGAAAACGCAAAGGACCAAAUCCAGAAGGCGGUCAAGCUGUUACAAAGCAAGACGAAAUCGUCAGAUAUAAAAAAGAUUGCAGUGAAAGAUGUAGAACCUACUGAAAUAAAGUAA